ACCUGAAUGAACGCCAAGCCUCUGUGGAUAUAUAAAGAGAACCUUGGGGAGGCAUUCCACAGUCAAUAGUGCAGAGGCAGGGGGAGAGAAUUACCCGGCUCCUCAGCCCAGCAACUCCUCCACGCAUAAUGCUUCCCCCUGCCAUUCAUCUCUAUCUCAUCCCCCUGAUAUGCAUCCUCGUGAAAAACUGUUUGGCUUUUAAAAAUGAUGCCACAGAAAUCCUGUACUCACAUGUGGUUAAACCUGUUCCUGCACACCCCAGCAGCAACAGCACGUUGAAUCAAGCCAGAAAUGGAGGCAGGCAUUUCAGUGGCACUGGACUGGAUCGCAACAGUCGAGUUCAAGUGGGCUGCCGGGAGUUGCGGUCCACCAAAUACAUUUCCGACGGCCAGUGCACCAGCAUCAGCCCUCUGAAGGAGCUAGUGUGCGCGGGCGAGUGCCUACCCCUGCCGGUGCUUCCCAACUGGAUCGGAGGAGGCUACGGAACAAAGUACUGGAGCCGGCGGAGCUCCCAGGAGUGGCGGUGUGUCAACGACAAAACGCGCACCCAGAGAAUCCAGCUGCAGUGCCAGGAUGGCAGCACACGCACCUACAAGAUCACGGUGGUCACGGCUUGCAAGUGCAAGCGGUACACCCGCCAGCACAACGAGUCCAGCCACAACUUCGAGAGCGUGUCGCCAGCCAAACCCGCCCAGCAGCACCACAGAGAGCGGAAGAGAGCCAGCAAAUCCAGCAAGCACAGUCUGAGCUAGAACCGGACUGACGAGAAAGCAUCUGCUACCCAGAUUUCAGGGCUUGGAAGACGCGAGCCUGCCAUUGCUCUCUUCUCACUUGAAAGCGAAGUAGACGCUUUCUGCUUUGAUCAGGCCCAGCAGGCUGUCCUUCUCUGGGACCUUCUCUGGGACUAGUUUUUCCUUUGCAAGUUUCUCAAGAUGUAAUGAGUACAGUUGGCAGCGAAAGCCAGGCAUCCUGUCGGCUGGCUCCGGUCUUAAAAAGCACCUGAUGCUGUUUAAACACCAUCAGCUGGCAGUUUUAAAUGCGCCAUUCCCUAGCCCACCCUUACCCUUCCCAAACCAACCCCCUUCGAACCACAAAAGUUCUUCGAAAAAUGUAUCUUCACAAAACACUUCCAGAAAGGGCUUCUCCCGUAAUUUUCGUGGGAACAGUUUGGCAGCCAGGGGUUAGCGUCCUUUGAAAGCGAGGCAAACCCUGUGACAUUUCACUUCAGAAAUAAGCCCCGUAGUUUUGUAUAGUCUCAGUGUGAAGUCAUACCCUGCAUGCCCACCUCGCUUGGAAUGGAAUGCCAGCAAUGCAUGGCGGCAGCAGCAAUGCAUGGCAGCAGCAGCUAAUAAGGAAAGCUGAUUAUUUAUUUUUCAAUGUUGUUAUUUAAUGAGCUUUCUCAUGUGAUUUUUUUCAAAAUGUUAAUUUUUUUAAUGUUUUGAAGCCUUUUCAUGUACCUAAAUAUAUCCCAAUAUGAUUUGUGGUUGGUCUAGGAAUAUGAAAAUACAUGUUGUAGAUAUGUAAAGUAAGUAUUUUAGUCUCCUUAUAUUUGUUUCAUCAUAAACGUUGCCAGUAGCAUGGCCCUCUGCGAAGCAGAAAUAUGCAACGCUUUGUUAUUUAGUCCACACAACCAGAGGCGGCCUGACCUUUAACGCCAUUGGUUUCUCUUAGCAAAUAUAAACAUGGCUAAAUGUUACUGUCCUUGCCUCUAACAUGUAUGAGAAGGUACAUGCUUGCAAACAUUGUAAAAUAAAGUUGUAAGUUUA